AUGCCGUGCGACGGAAAGGUGCUUGUAACAACUGCUGGUUUCAUCGAGCGGCUCAUCAAAAAUGCCGGAGAAGAUUGUUACGGCGAUGAACUUUGGGCCUCAAAAUACAAUUUUACCCAUCCUGAAGCUGUUAUUCAAGCAACUCUUGAUAUGCUGAAAAAUGGCUCAAACGUUAUCUUCACCAACACUUAUCAAUCAUCCGUGGAUUUGUACAAAAAAUGUUUGAAAUUGAGCGACGAGCAGUGCAUGGAGUCUUUGCGUCAAACUGUGGGCUUUGCUUGUACCGCUCGUGAUCGAUUUCUGAAGGAAUCCAAGCCAGAAAUUGUUCCGUUGAUUGGAGGUGCAAUUGGACCUUAUGGAGCUUGUUUACACGACGGCAGUGAAUAUACCGGAGCUUAUAUUGAUAAAGUUUCUCGCGAAUUUUUGCGUGACUGGCAUCGUCCUCGAGUUGCUGCAUUAGUCGAAGGAGGCGCUGAUUUCUUAGCAGUUUUUACAAUUCCUUGUUUAGCUGAGGCAGAAGUGAUCGUCGAUUUAAUUUGCACGGAAUUCGCCCAAACGAAAUUUUGGAUCUCGUUGCAGUGCAAAGACGAUACUCACGUGGCGCAUGGCGAAAAAUUUUCCGAAGCUGUUCUCGCAAUCUGGAAAAAGGUUAGAGAUCAGUACAAAAGUGACAAAUUGAUGGCAAUUGGAGUUAAUUGUCUUCCGCCGGCGAAUGUUUCACCGUUACUGAAGAGUUUGGAGGGACAUACAAUUCCAUUUAUGGUUGCUGCGAAUAGCGGCGAGACGUAUGACGUCCAAAAAGGUUGGCACGGAAAAGCGGAUUGCAAGCCACUCGAGUCUUUCAUCCCAGAAUGGAUUGCUUUAGGAGCCAAAUUCAUUGGAGGAUGUUGUCGCACCGACAUUUCCGACAUCGGAAAGAUCAAAAAAGCCAUUGAACUUUCUUAAGGCGCGCAGUCAGAUCAAAAAAAGUUUGAAGCACUUAAAUAUUUCUGACAAAUUGAAACAAAAAAUCUUAACUAUAGAGAAUU